CGGGAGAGGUUGUCGCUCUCCCACUCGAUACACACUCUCGAUACAUCGAAGUUUUUAACAUCCAGACAAAAUGUUUAGCUGUAAAUAAUACUAGUGGUAUUGGCAUGAAAGUGGUUCAGAUGUGAUGUGUAUUUUUUUGGAUAUAAGCAAGUUCGAUGCCUGUUCUCCACGCAAAAGCGGCUAUGUGGUUGCGAAAGCAGUCAGUAUGCAGUGCCGUAAGCGGGUUAUCCCGGGGGGACGAUGCGGAACCCGGGAAUGGGGUACAAUUGUACCCUUUUGCUAUUGCUCUUAGAGUUCGAGUGUUACAGAUUGUAUGCGGUAUCUUAGGAUUAGUACUGGGAGCAGUCGGCUGGUUGGAAGAGAAACAGAAGCCAGCACUAGGUCUAGGAGUGCCAGCUGGUGCCAUCACUGUCUUGGCUGCAGCGACAUCAACAUACUUCAGCCGUGGUUUCGGCGGGUGGGUAUCAGCUCGCUCCAGGGCGACCAGAACUUGGGGCGCUCCGUGGCGGGCCCUGGGCCCCUCGCCGUGCGCCGCGGUACCCCUGACGAUGUUGUGGACGGCGGCUAUAGGGGCCCAUAUAGCGAUGCUUAUGUUUUGUAUCAGGUCGCUUAUGAAUAUUGGAUGUGGCAGCACAACAUGCAUCGGGGUUGCUAGUGCUCAGCUAACGGUCUCCGUCACGACCCUCGCCGCAGCCGUCUUCAUGUUCCAACUGGACUUGAGGUUCGAUGCCUCACUGUCACCACCUCCAAGGCAAUCAGAUACGCACAUAUGUACUGCGGUUUCUAUGGUACCUCUGACGUCAGUUGCAAUCAACAGUGGGAAUAGUGAUGCAGCCGACUCGGGGGGAAGUCCCCUGGGGAAGGAAAAGGAGCCCCCUCCCCCGGAUCCCCCUACCUGAUGUAGUGAAGCCGCUUGAGUGAAUGGACAAACGUUCUGAGGACUAUUGUAUCUACUUUAAAGUAUACUGAGUGACUUUCAUACUGUAAAAUUGUAGACUGUA